UUUUAGAUUUGAGAGCAUUUCAAGAUUACCCAGAAAAAAAAAAAAUUGAGACGUCGCUGUCAAUCAUUCUUGCCAAAGCCAAGCACAGCAGAGCAGCGCAUCUCCAGAACUGGUACUGAGACCAAAGCUAAAAGAAAGCAAAGUCCAUGGCCAGCUCUUCUCGUUGGCGUCGAUUAUUAUCAUCAUCUCCCUUUCGCUACCAACUGACUCGUCGUCAUUUUUCCUCCUUUGGCCCUCCUCCACCAGUCACUCCUCGCCGAGUAGUCGUCACCGGUAUAGGCAUGGUGACCCCUCUUGGUUGCGGAGUGCAAACGACGUGGAAGCGCUUGAUAGAGGGAGAAUGUGGUGUUCGGGCAAUAACACCAGAGGAUCUCAAAAUGAAUUCUUCUUUCGAUAGAGAGACUCAGCUGUACACUUUUGAUCAGCUUACCUCUAAAGUUGCUGCUGUCGUUCCUUGCGGCACCAAAACUGGCGAAUUCAAUGCGGAUUUAUGGCUUAAUUCUAAGGAGCAUCGAUCAGUUGCAAGGUUUAUAGGCUAUGCGCUGUGUGCUGCUGAUGAAGCUCUUAAAGAUGCAAAAUGGGCGCCCACUGAGCAGGAACAGAAGGAAAGAACGGGUGUCUCUAUUGGUGGGGGGAUUGGAAGCAUAACUGAUGUGCUGGAAGCCUCGCAACUGAUUUGUGAGAAGCGACUUCGUCGGCUUAGUCCAUUUUUCAUCCCACGGAUAUUGAUCAACAUGGCAUCUGGUCAUGUGAGCAUGAAAUAUGGAUUCCAGGGACCAAACCAUGCUGCUGUGACAGCUUGUGCUACUGGAGCACAUUCUAUUGGCGAUGCUGCAAGGAUGAUUCAAUUUGGGGAUUCAAACGUUAUGGUGGCUGGAGGGACAGAGUCCAGCAUAGAUGCUUUAUCUAUAGCAGGAUUUUGUAGAUCAAGGGCAUUAACCACAAAGCACAAUUCCAUGCCUCGAGAAGCUUCUCGACCUUUUGAUUGUGAUCGGGAUGGAUUUGUCAUAGGUGAAGGUUCUGGAGUCUUGGUUUUAGAAGAACUUGAGCAUGCAAAAGAACGAGGAGCAAAAAUUUAUGCAGAGAUUCGCGGCUACGGGAUGUCAGGUGAUGCAUAUCACAUUACUCAACCACAUAAUGAUGGAAGGGGAGCUGUUCUGGCAAUGACACGUGCCUUGAAACAGUCUGGUCUUCAUUCCAAUCAAGUGGAUUACAUAAAUGCCCAUGCUACAUCUACACCUUUGGGCGAUGCUGUAGAAGCCAUUGCCAUCAAAACUGUGUUCUCUGAUCAUGCAAUAUCAGGUGCUUUGGCAUUCUCUUCCACAAAGGGUGCCAUUGGCCAUCUACUAGGAGCUGCUGGUGCUGUUGAAGCCAUAUUUGCAAUUUUAGCUGUGCAUCAUGGAAUUGCACCAUUGACUCUUAACCUCAAUAAACCAGAUCCCCUCUUCAAAGACAAUUUUAUGCCAUUGACUGCAUCGAAAGAGAUGCCGGUAAGAGCAGCUUUGUCGAAUUCUUUUGGCUUCGGAGGAACAAAUGCAUCUCUACUUUUCACCUCUGUGUAAGACAGAUUGAUUGGUUCUGCACUCAUGAUCUGGCAUCAGAACUGCUGGCAUGAAAAGUAUGUUUCUCCAAUUAGUAACUAAAUCUGCAUCAUCUGCGGUUUCUAGAUAUGGAGUCAACGAAAUGAAAUGGUGGGCAUAAACUUUAAAUUUACUCUUUCAACUCUUCAUGGACGUUGGAAUAAUGAUCAAUUUUUUUUUAAAUCAAGCCAAAAAUGAAGUUUUGCUAGAAGAGCUGACCAGAGAUAACUGCAGGAAAAGAUAUGAAGGUUGUUUUCUGGCAGAGUUUACUGAGGGUUUUGGUCGAGUUCUACAUUAUGCGUGAUCAUGUUUGCUGAAAUAAUUUAUUUUGAGAACAGGUACAUGUAGCUCAUGAAAGUUUAAACAAUUUAAUUUUUUCCUCUAAAGGAUGGCAACUGGUUGUUUUGGCAUUUCACUUGGAGCGAACUAGGAGCAAUAUUUUGCGUUUUUGUUUGUGGAA